CACACUGCCUCCAAGAUGUCAGCUAAAGACAUAGAGAGCGGGGGAGGAGAUGCCACUGACCCCUUCCGGCCGGAAUCCCCCUCUGAUGAGGAGGAUGAACCUUCCCAGUCAUCCAACCAGGCCUCUGAUGGUUCUCCUGGCAAGCCACCACAGGGGCCACCCCAGGGGCCAGAUGGAUCUGGCUCUGACCCCAGAGACCCACCCAAGGAUGGAGGCAGCAAUUUCUCCCAUAAAGCAGGAACUGCCGUACAUUUUCCAUAGAGGUGAUGGUGACUAGGGUGGCAGUGGUGGAGCCAGAGACAGAUUGGAGUCAUGCAGCCACAAGCCAAGGAUUGUUGGCAACCCCUAGACAAUGAUGCUAGAAAGAGGCAAGGAAGGAUCCUCCCCUAGAGCUUUCAGAGAGAGCCUGGCCCUGCCUACACCUUGAUUUUAGACUUCUGACCUCCAGAACUGUGAGGGACCAUGAGAGAAUCAACACAGUUUGUGGUAGUUAAUUACAGCAGCCUCAGGAAACUAAUACGGGCAGACCUCAUUUUAUCGUACUUUGCAGAUACUGCGUUUUUUACAAGUUGAAGGUUUGUAGCAACCUAGCAUUGGCAGAUAUUGGUUCACAUUUUUAGCAAUAAAGUAUUUUUAAAUUAAGGUAUACUCCGUGUCUUUUUAAACAAAAGGCUAUUGCACAUUUAGUAGACUACAGUAUGGUAUAAACAUAACUUUUAUAUGCUGUGGAAACCAAAAACUUCACGUGAUAUUCGCUUUCUUGCGGUGGUCUGGAACCGACCCCUCAGUAUCUCUGAGGUGUCCCUGGACAGAGAUUGAAAAUCCCAUUGUGGUUGAAGGCUGCAUUAGAGUCAGAGUCUAUACAAGGAGGAGGUGGGAGUCUCUAGGGGGGUGCUGGACAUUGGUAAUAGAAAGGGGGCAGUUUCUGUUAGUGACAGGGUCUAGGGCAGCACCGUCCAAUACACCUUUCUGCGGUGGUAAGCAUGCUCUCUGCGUGAUCCAGUAUGGUAGCCACUAGCCACGUGUGACUGUCGAGUCCCUGAAAUGUGGGCCGUGGGACUGAGGACCUGAGUUUUAAAUUUUAUUUCAUUUUAAUUAACUAAGAUUUAAAUAGCACACAUGGCUAGUGGUUCCUAUAGUGGCCAGCAUGGGCCUAGUGUAUGACCUUGGGUGUGUGUGGCAGAGAGUUCAAGAUCUUUGGAAGUGAGGCAUGAGAACUUCAAGGCCAGUUUGUUGGAAAUAUCAUCUGUGCAGAAACGGAAACCCUCAAGACAGGUCAGGGGUACUGAUG